GUGAAAAGUUGUCACUACGGGAAAAGUGUCACACGCGUGCGUUCUGCUAGGAAAAGUGAAAAUUUUCUCCCUCUAUUGGAAAUAGUGUGCAUUGGAAAAGUGGAAUUUCCCAGCCAAAAUUCGAUCGAAACCGAUCGAAAAUAUUUCAAUUUCGUUACUCAACGGCACAUGCGAGUGCUGCUGAUGGAAAUGAGGUGAAAAUUGCCGUGGAAUGUAGUGAAAGUUGAUUUCGAACGAAAGGGGAAAAAAAUCUCAAGUGGUCUCACGAAUAAUAAAGAGGGAGGAAAAUCGAAGAAGAAGAGCAAGAUCGACUAGCUUGAAAACGAAUAUUUACUUGAUUGCUGCAGAGUAUAAACAACAACAAACGCGAAGCGUUUGUUUGACAACACCCGGCGCCUACUUUUUGUCAAACAUAAAGUAAACAAAGCCAACUUUGAUUUAAGUAGAGCAUAAAAUCGUGACUGUGUGACAUUGCGUAACAGAUAGAAGCGAACCGAAAAGUGUGUCAUCUGUCAGCUGCUUACGGCGUGUGAGUGUGCUCGGUGUCUUCUGUCAGCAGUGGUCGUUCCGUGAAAAUCAUCUCCCCCCACCCUGUUAUUUUUUUUGUAUGGUGCUUUAGAAACGUGUGUGCCAAGCCAAGCGCAUGCAUAUGUCAGAAUGAUAAAUAGGAAAAGAAUGUUCCUACUGGUGCUCGUUCUGAGCGCGAAUGUUGGUGUAUUCCAUGCGUACAAUAGCGAUGCUGACGAGACGGUUGAACACAUUAAAAUUGGUGGACUCUUCGAUGGCGACACCGACGAUGCGAUGCUCGCUUUCCAAUACGCCGUGGAGGCGGUCAACAACGAAAAGCUAGCCUAUUCGAACUACCGGCUGGAGGCGCACCCGAUGACGGUCAAAUACGGCGAUCAGUUUGACGCGUCCAAAAAGCUGUGCCGGUUGUUGAAGUCCGGCGUGGCAGCCAUCUUUGGACCGAGCUCCCCGACGGCAGCCGUCCACGUCAACAGCAUCUGCGACGAGAAGGAAAUGCCGCACAUCGAAACCCGCUGGGAUGCCCACACCCGGCUACCCAUCUUGAAUAUCCACCCUCACCCGACGAUCCUCGGUCGGGUCUUCCUCGAUCUGGUGGUGGCAUUCGAGUGGAAGGACUUCACCAUCAUCUACGAGUCGGGUCCCUGGCUGCCGGGUAUAUCGGAACUGCUGAAAAUGAACGACCCCAAAGGCUACACCGUGACCGUUCGGCAGCUGGACCUGAAGCUGAACGGCAACUUCCGACCCGUGCUACGGAGGGUCAAACUGUCCGACGACAAGCACAUUAUUCUGGCCUGCUCGAUCGAGUCCAUGCCGGAGGUGCUGAAGCAGGCCCAGCAGGUCGGACUGAUGACCGAUCACCAUCAGGUCAUCAUUACAUCGAUGGAUCUGCAUACCAUCGAACUGGAACCGUACCAAUACAGUGGAACGAACAUCACCGGCAUUCGGUUGCUCGAUCCGGAGGAGGAUAAGAUUCACCAGGUUACGGAAUUCCUAAAUGCUUCGCAGAUAUCGAAGACCUUGGAGUUGAAAGAAGGCCUAAAUCCAGCGACGAUGCGUGUCGAAACGGCGUUGAUGUACGAUGCGGUUCUGCUGUUUGCAGAAGCGCUUAGGCACUUGAUUGGGAUCGAUCCACCACACCCGCUGGAGACAAUGUCGCUGAAGUGCGACGAUGACGACACGUGGAACAACGGAUAUAGCAUAAUCAACUACAUGAAGACUUCUACGAUCCACGGACUGACCCGGUGGGUGAAGUUCGAUCACGAAGGACAUCGAACGGACUUCUUGCUAGAUAUUGUGGAACUGGGACCGGCCGGUUUGGAGAAGAUCGGAGUUUGGAAUUCGACCGAAGGGUUGAACUUCACACGGAAGAAGGAGCACACGGCGCUGGCAUUCGACGAUGGAACGCUGCAGAACCGAACCUUUAUCGUUCUGACGGCACUGUCACCUCCGUACGGUAUGCUCAAGGACUCACCGACUCGGUUGAGUGGUAACGAUCGCUUCGAGGGGUUUGGAAUUGAUGUUAUCCAUGAGCUGUCGUUGAUGCUUGGAUUUAACUACACCUUCGUCCUGCAGGAGGACGGAGUUUACGGUUCACUGAAUCGGGAAACAGGCAAGUGGAACGGAAUGGUACAGGAACUGCUCGACUGGCGUGCAGAUUUGGCCAUCACCGAUCUGACAAUUACGUCGGAUCGAGAAAGUGCCGUAGAUUUCACCAUGCCUUUCAUGAACCUGGGUAUUUCGAUUCUCUACCGGAAACCCACAAAGGAACCUCCUUCACUGUUCUCCUUCAUGUCUCCCUUUUCCAAGCAAGUGUGGCUGUAUCUGGGUGGAGCGUACAUGACGGUGUCAAUGUCGUUGUUUAUCCUGGGUCGACUGUCGCCAAAGGAAUGGGACAACCCGUAUCCUUGCAUCGAGGAACCAGAAGAGCUGGAGAAUCAGUUCAGUUUCAGCAAUUCGAUGUGGUUUACGAUCGGUGCCCUGCUGCAGCAGGGCUCGGAAAUCGCUCCCAAGGCUUCGUCGACCCGUGCCGUGGCUUCCAUCUGGUGGUUCUUCACGCUGAUCAUGGUCUCUUCGUACACUGCCAACCUGGCUGCUUUCCUGACGGUCGAACAGAUCCAUUCGCCGAUCAGCAAUGCCGAAGAUUUGGCCGCCGCCAGCGGAAGCAUCAAGUACGGUGCCAAGCGUGACGGCAGUACGUUCAGUUUCUUCAAAGAUGCCGAGUACAAGACGUACCAGAAGAUGUACCAGUACAUGAUACAGAAUCCGGAACUGCUAACCUCCUCGAAUCCGGAGGGACUGCAUCGGGUCAAGACGGAGAACUACGCUUUCCUGAUGGAAUCGACCUCGAUCGAGUACAUCAUCGAGCGCGAGUGCGACGUCACGCAAAUCGGAGGAUUGCUGGACGAUAAGGGCUACGGGAUAGCGAUGCGGAAGAAUUCUCCCUACCGCAGUGCCUUGAGCGAGGCUGUCCUGCGGCUGCAGGAACAAGGUGUUCUCACCUCCCUAAAGCGCAAAUGGUGGAAGGAGAAGCGUGGCGGCGGAGCCUGUUCGAACGCGAUGGAGGAAAGCGGUGCCCUUGCAUUGGAAGUUGCCAACGUGGGAGGCGUGUUCGUACUGCUGAUCGUCGGUUGUGUCGUGGCAUUAUUCAUAAGCUUCUGCGAGAUGCUAUGCGACGUUCACAGCCGUUCUCGGGAGCUGAAGCAAGGCUCCGCAGACGACGGUGCCGAAGAGCUCGGCAUGGACAAUGUUGGUGGUGUGUUCUUCGUACUUUUUGUAGGUUGUUCCACGGCCCUGGCCUUCGGCUGCUGUGAGCUACUGUGCGAGAUUUCCAAAUACGCCCGGCAGCACAAGAUGUCUUUCCGCGAGGAACUGAUGACCGAACUGCGGUUCGUGGCCAAGUGCUCCGGCAACACGAAACCGGUCCGCCACCGGAAGAGUUCGUCCGGUUCGAGAAAUUCGCUGGAAUCUGGCCUAUCGGAACCGCCGUCAGCCGACGGCUCGAAGAUGGACUUGUCCGGCGGCCCGGCUGCAGGCGGAAAAGGUGGCCAACAGACGAACGGAAAAUCCUCUCUCAAUGUGCAGCUCAAAUCCAACGGUCGGAAGGCCGUUACGUUGGAUGAUUGAGGUUAUGUUGUCCUUGUGAAGGUUUGGAUCGUUUCACUGAAAAUUUGAUAUUGUUCUAGAGGUGAAAUAUUAGCGUCAAGAACUAGUUCAAAGUGUGCAUAGAAAGAUGGUUUAUUUUAGCAGAGAGUGAAUAUGGAACAUGUUCGUUGUAUUUGUUUUCUUAGUGUGAAAUGCUUAGCAAUUUAAUAAAAGCACUGUUAUUUU